CGGACCCACCUUGGUCAGAUCUACAGUAUACCUGAUCGGGCUCGAGCCCUUGCCUGAGCCCAAUCCCUUCAUAAGGACUACCAACCACAUCGGUAGCGCAUCCCAAGAAGCUCUCAGACCAUGCCGGGAAAGGUCUUUUUCGUCACAGGCACCUCGACGGGCUUCGGCCACUACCUCGUCAAGCAUGCGCUCGCGCGGGGCGACUAUGCCGUGGCGACGGCGCGCAACGCCGCCAAGCUCACCGGAUUCGAGGGCGCCACCGACGCCAACUUCCUGCCCGUCAGCCUCGACGUGACCGACACCAAGUCGAUUGACGCGGCCUUCAAGGCGGCCCUGGACAAGUUCAAGCGCAUCGAUGUCGUCGUCAACAACGCCGGCUUUGGCCUCAGCGGGCCCUUUGAGACGUAUACCGACGAGCAGAUCCGGCAGCAGAUGGAGGUCAACUUCUUCGGCCUCGUCAACUGCACCCGCCGCGCGCUCGAGGUGAUGCGCGGCCAAAAGACGGGCGGCGUGAUCCAGCAGGUGACGUCGAUUGGCGGCCUCAACGGUGUGCCCACCUUUUCCGUCUACUGCGCGUCCAAGUUUGCCGUCGAGGGCUUCACCGAGGCCCUCUCCAAGGAGCUCAAGCCCGAGUGGGGCAUCAAGCUGACACUCAUCGAGCCCGGCGGAUUCCGCACGAGCUGGUCGGGUGACAACAUGAUCUUUGGCGACAAGAACGUGCCCGCGUACGACCAUCUCGACGCGCGCCAGCUCAUGGCCAAGCGCCACGGCACCCAGGUCGGCGAUGCGGCCAAGGCGGCCGUGCAGAUGUACGAGCUGGCGCUCGAGCAGGAGCCGCCGCUGCGCAUCGUGCUCGGCUCCGACGCACACAAGACGCUCUCGGACCGCCUCGAGGCGCAGCAGAAGCUCGUCAAGGACAAUGUCAAGCGGUCGCUGGCCACCGACUACGAAGAGGGCAAGUGAUCAUCGUGAGCCUUCUGCCACUGAAUGACGAGAUCUAUUGAAGAGGAGAGAAAGAGUGUGUGUGUAUAAAUGCUUGUGCGUGUAGUGUUUAAGCCAAAAUAGUGCGAAGACUGCGACCUCCUCCUUUCACACCUUGCGGCCCAGGCCGCACGAGGCGAGGCGCCAGACGGCCUUGGAGAAGAGCGUGGCCCAGUGCUCAAAGGUGUAGGUGAAGCACAUGGCGAGCGGGAUGAGGAUCGCAUAGCCCGUGACAAAGACGACGGUGACGGCGGCCCAGUAGGGCGUGCCACGGGCGAGGAGCUCAAGGAGCAGCCAGGCAUCCCAGGUCCACCAGACGAGGCCGUGGCAGAGGUAGAU